AUAGAAAUAGUCACGUGACGGUAUAAGAAGCCGUGCGACACAGCACAUCACAAAACACGCACAUCAAACUGAACGGCGGCUGCGAAACACAGAAGGAGUCUGCUUUGUGUCACUUAUAGCGGUCAAUGCUCUAAAAAUGACAGGACCUGAUUGCUAGCCCUUGCAAGGACACCCCACAGGGUGUAGAUACAAACUAAAUGGCUUUUUCAAAAUGGCACAAAAUUGUUUAAAGACAACUACUUUGAAAAACAAGCAUCCAAAGACAUUGAGAUUUCACAGCAAGCAAAAGCUGAGUGAACUCACAAAGAAGCGUGAGAUGAUUUCAGGGUUUAAGAAGGCGGUUAUAAUAUGUGACUCUGCGGAUUUGAGUUCUAGUGACACCACCACAUACAGACCCAACAACAUUGUAGUAGAACUACUCAAGAAAGAUCCACUCAGAUAUGGAAAGGUUACUUUUUACAAGUUUACAUCAGAGAAGGAAGUCAGAGAGGAGCUGUGCAAGCAGUUCUCAAUUCUUAGAAAUAAAAGGUUCUGGUUCGCUUCUGCUGAUCAAUAUGGCAAGCUGAAUUUCCAUACAUGGGAUGAAUGGACCGGCAGAAACAUCAGGCGAUGGUUGCCUGGGAGCUCAGCCAUGUACCUUAUCCUCGAGGGUGAUGGAAGAAAAGUGCCAACGUUAUCAAACAUCCUAAAAGGGGAAUCGCUUACUUAUCCAAUAAAAGGGCAACCGUGCAGCUUGGCAUUCUCAGGGUACUCUUCAAGUAGCACUGAUGGCAAGUCAAAGAAUUCGACCAUUGAUUUGGUGUCGUCUUCAUCUUCAUCGUCGACGCUAGGAAAAGCUACAAGCGACAGUGCAGUUAAUAUCGAUAAAAACGCAAGCGACAAGGCUCCGAGUGAGUCGGACUCUGCUAGUAGUCUGCUUGUACUGUGCGACGACGAUGACCGAGGUUCGACGUCCACGUCUUCUUCAAGUAUCAGGAACUCAUCACGGAAGAGUCCUAGUUCAGUGAGUGCGAAAGGUUUGGGAAGCGCUUUUCCUACUAGUUACGCAGAGGAUGUUAAGAAUAGUGAGGUUGGAGCGCCAGUCAAAAGAAAGGAGAAGAAGCGAAAGCACUCGGUAAGUGAGGAGAAGAAGAGUUCUUCCAAGCAUCGCAGUAUGACCUGUAGUCCGGAUGAGCAAAGUCCAACCUCUAAGCGCUCAAAACUGGAUUCAGAGGAAAAGGCCCUUCGAUUGUGUCGACAUCUUUCCUCGGCAUCUUGCUCUUCCGGAAGACCAUCUGUAAUUACGUCACUGCAUCGUAACUCCGAGCCGUCUAAGUCUCCGAGGAACCCACUUUCGAUACCUUUCAUCAACCCAUUCUGCACAGUACCAAAAGCAAACGAUAAGCAAAACGAACAAAUCAAAUCAAUGAUGAAAUUCCAAGAAAACGUUUUGCGUAACCUUUCAAACAACGAAAACAAGGUAGGGGCCUACCAGCCCCCUGUCGGCGCGUAUGUAGUCCCUCAGGCUAUGUUGCCGUGGAAGCAAGUAGGGACUAAUAAGGGAGAGGCUCUAGGCAUGCCCUCUGCCGGUAAGGGCCCAAACUUGGCGUUUAUUCCCUUGGCAUUUCCUCCCCCCACAUACCCUCUCGGUGCUGUGCCAGUUAAGGUAGUCCCGGUAGACAGGCAAGGCCAAGAGAUCACAGACGAGUCCAAGAAAGGAUCAGAUGACGACACUCGAACAACACAGAGUAGAGACAACGAAAACAAAGACACGAGGGGGUGUCUAGAGUCUGAUCAAGAUGAUUCUUCUUUAAAGCAGGAAUCCCCGCCACUCGACAUAUUUCUUGACGAGGAAAAAGUGGAAGCAAAAAUACAUAGGACAAAUGAUCCCGAUAAUUUGUUGGAGGAUAUGUUACCCCGUUCUGGGUUCUGUGAGGGAGGAGACAUGUUCACCCUGUUCCUAAAGCACCCAAUCCAAGAGGGGUUCUGUAGGACUAGCAUGGUGGCGAGAUUCGGCAGUGGUACGCCGGUCAGUCUUCAGAUGAUCAACCCGUUUACACUUCGCGGGGCAGCCGUGCCAAGAUCGCAUCACGCUGGUCGUGUCACGGUUGUGCUUGAGAAUGCCACAGGUCAAGCAAUUGGCACUGCAAGUUUUGUAUACAAGGACAACCUGAUAGUUUCAUUCCAAACGUUGCUCUCGUCCAGCUAUGGUAUCCAGAUGGUACGCGCUCUCCUCAACAUCGACGACGAUUCUAACGACGAGAUCUUGGAGCUGCUGGUGUACAUGUCGGCCAAGAUGAACUUGAAGCAGCUUGUAGAGAUGAUCCUCAACUCAAAACGAGGGGAGGCUUUGUGCAUGAGGAUGAGCGUGAAGUCCCGCCAACCCGAGGACGUCGCGCGGGUCGUGGGACAUCUCCACAUGGUCAAGUCUUUAAAAGCUCUGAAAAGCAGGUUCAAGUUGAAUAAUGCACCCUCAGAGCAAACACAGCCGAAAGACUCAGAUACGCUAGAAAACACGCCAGAGAUCAAAUCUCAAAAGGGACAUAAAGAGGCUUGUUCAGAAGACGGUAAAGUACCAAGUCAGAAAGGUUCAUUGCAAGAGACCGACAACCUCAUGAUGCUUUCUGCCAUAGCAAGUCAUAUGGUGACAGUACAAACCGCAAGCCCUCCCCAUGCCAGUCACAGCUACCAAACCACCAACACCUCAAAGGAACCCAAAAGCGCCUCCAAACGAACGACCGGUUGUCCCAAUAUCCAUGGACACAACGCAAGCAUAAAUGGUGGUAACUUCAAACCUCAUUCAGACGGCUUCCUUAAGAAAGUCUUCGUGUUGCCCUGGCAGUCUCGUUAUCUUCCUUCUCAGUCGGACUUGUGCAAGCUACGUGCCACUAGGCAGACGUAUGGGAAGGUGAUGUUCAGUGCCGACAUGAACGAACCGGAUGUGAUGUCACGGAUACGAAACUCAUUUGCACAUAUCCGGGAGUUAGACUUCAGGCUUGCUGUUGUAGACCAGACUGGAAAACUUGUGUUUUACGAUGGGAAGUGGACAGGCAGAAUAAUUCGCAAGAAAUUACGAGGGAACUCUGUCCUUUAUGUUGUACCAUGCCAGAAGGACUGGAAGGAAGAGGAAGUUGAUGGGACAGGUUCUGCAGACAGUUCAUGCUUAUAGUAUAAGCCAAACAUACAGAAAAUAUGUUAGCUGUUGCUUGGAGCAUUUAGAAUGUUGUGUUGAAAGUAGAGAUGCUAAAAUAUAGAUAUAUUUAAUAAAGCUUAAGUUUUCUAUUGCA